AUGUUUUGAUGUUUUUCUGGCUUGUAUUUCCAUGUUUUGAUGUUUGCUCAAUGUUUUUUUUUCGUAUCUGAUGUUUUUAUGUUUUCUCAUGUUUUUCUGAUUUUGAAUAUUGUUUUUAUGUUUUAUUUGUUUUGAUGUUUUUGUUGUUCUUUAUUUACUAAAUUAACGUGUUUUUCUGAUUUUAAUUGUAUUAUUUUCGUAUGUUUUAAUGUUUUUUAGUUGUGUUUUUCAUGUUUUGAUGUUUUUCUGGCUUGUUGCUCUAUGUUUUAUUUUUCGUAUUCUGAUGUUUUUCUGUUUUAUUUCUCAUGUUUUUCUCAUUUUAAGCAUACUAUUUUUUAAACUUGAUGUUUUCUGUUUUUGUUUUAUCUUUUAUGUUUUGAUGUUUUUCUGGUUUUUUUUCAAUGUUCUAUUCCCCUUGUUUUUCAUGUUUUUGUUUUUUUUAUGUUUUGCUGUUUUUCUGAUUUUAUGUAUUUAUUACUUUAUUUCUCAGUUAUGUUGUUUUUCUGAUCUUGUUUUAUUUAAUGUUUUCACAGUUAUUUUUUAUUUAAAAAAUACUACAUAA